AUGCUGCCUGCCUCUGUGCCCAUGUCGGGGACGCCGACCAAAGCAGACAAAUCCCUGCGCUCGCUCUUCUGCGGGGCCGCGAAUCAUCUCACGCAGCUCUACAUGUCGAGCCUCAAAUUGGAGAAGGGGGCGACCAAGAAGGGCUAUUGCCGAGCUGUUGAAGACUUGAUCAAGUUCCUUCAACUCCAGCAACAGUAUGGAAGAACGAUUUCGAUCGAAUCGCUCGUAGAUCAUCUCAAGACGAAAAAGCGCGAGAUUUUGCAGCGAGAGGAUAACGAUUUCGGCGAGGACGAAGAUGAGCAUGAAGAAGGGGAUGAAACGCCAGUUCUCGGUGUUCCCCUCGGCGAGAACAAGUCUCCAGCAGCGGCCCCGACCCCGUUCGGUUCCACUACGCGCUCCCUGGCCUCCCAAUUCGAAGGGUUGAGUGCGAGCGGCGGAGGUACAUUCGGCUCCUCCUCCGACCACAUGCCAAGGAUGGGAUCAGCAACGAUCGGCGCCACUCCUGCUCCCGUUCACUUCGGCUUCGCGACUGCCCCAGCUGCAUCAAGCACGCCGCUACUCCAGCACGCACCUCAGCACUCGCAUGCUGGCACCUCCGCCUCUUCCGCGACCACUACGAGCGCGCAGUUCCCGUCGUCCACCUUCAGAGACGCCGUCUCGGUGCCCUUUCCUCUCUCCUCCUCUUCCUCUGCCAGCUCUGCCAUCAACAACAGCAACAACAAUCCGUUCGCCCCGCUCGAGCACGGCAACGGCAUGGGACGGAAACGGCAGUACUUCGAGUUUUUCUUCGAUGCUCCGCCCAACCUCACCGUGCCCUCUGGCGGCGCGCUGCCCGCCAACGGCGGCGGCUUCCAGUUCACGCCGUCGUCGCACUCCACCUCGACGUCCAUCUCGCCCGCGGCUGCUCCCUCGUCUUCGUCUCUCGUCGGUUCAUCGUCGGCCGGCGGCGGCGCAGGCGAGAGCGACGGCGCGAUGGACUUCAGCUGCUACGAGCACCAGGUCAAGAGGUAUCGAAGGGAGGAGGAACAACAGCAACAUCAGCAGCACAAUCCGCCACCACAUCGCACGUCGGCCAACACCUCCUAA